AUGGCAAAUCUGAGCCGACCCCCUGAGUUUGUCCUCGUGGGCUUCUCCUCUUUUGGUGAGCUGCAAGUAUUUCUGUAUGGCCCCUUCCUCGUGCUCCAUCUCCUCGCCUUCAUAGGGAAUGCUAUCAUCAUGGUCAUGGUCAUAGCCGAUGCCCACCUGCAUACACCCAUGUACUUCUUUCUGGGCAAUUUCUCUUUGCUGGAGAUCUUGGUGACCAUGACCACAGUGCCCAGGAUGCUUGCAGACCUGCUUGUCCCCCUCAAGGUCAUCUCCUUCACUGGCUGCAUGGUCCAGUUCUACUUCUAUUUUUCCCUGGGUUCCACCUCCUUCCUCAUCCUGGCAGACAUGGCCCUUGACCGCUUUGUGGCCAUCUGCCACCCACUGCGCUAUGGAACCUUGAUGAGCUGGGCCAUGUGUGUCCGGCUGGCAGGGGCUGCCUGGGCAGCUCCCUUCCUAGCCAUGGUACCAACCGUCCUCUCUCGAGCUCACCUCAGUUAUUGCCACGGGAACGUCAUUAACCACUUCUUCUGUGACAACACACCUCUGCUGAAGCUAUCCUGUUCCGACACCCGCCUGCUGGAAUUCUGGGACUUUGUAAUGGCCUUGGCUUUUGUCCUCAGCUCUUUCCUGGUCACCCUCAUCUCCUACGGCUACAUUGUGACCACUGUGCUGCAGAUCCCCUCCACCAGUGGCCGCCAGAAGGCUUUCUCCACAUGCGGGUCUCAUCUCACGCUGGUCUUCAUUGGAUACAGCAGCACCAUCUUCCUGUACGUCAGGCCUGGCAAAACGCACUCCGUGGAGGUCAACAAGACUGUAGCCUUGGUAACUUCAGUCCUCACCCCCUUCCUCAAUCCCUUCAUCCUCACCUUCCGCAAUGAGACAGUUAAGACCGUGCUCCGCAGGCAGAUGCAGAAGCUGAAAGGCCUUCACCAUGCACAGUGA